AUGCGGGGAGUUUCGAGGGUUCCGCUGCGUGCGCCGGGGGAGGGCAAGGACGAGGUGAAGGGUCGCGAUGUGAUCGUUCGACAAGCUUUGCCAACGGGCGGCCCUCAGCCACCCGCGGCAAUCCCUGUUCGCACAUCGCGACAGAUCCAAUCGGCAGCACACGGCUGGCGCAGCAAGUUCCGACUUCGAACCUUCGACUAG